AUGGAAAGACGUGAAUUGGUUGCAAACGUAAACAAGAGAGAUAAUUAUUUGCUUGGUCUUCCUCCUGGAUUUCGAUUCCAUCCAACUGAUGAAGAGAUCGUAACUCAUUAUCUGACACCUAAAGUUCUCGACCAAGCCUUCACUGCCAUCGCCAUAGGAGAAGCUGAUCUCAACAAGUCUGAACCAUGGGAUUUACCUAAGAAAGCGAAAAUGGGAGAAAAAGAAUGGUUCUUCUUUUGCCAAAGAGACCGAAAGUAUCCAACGGGGAUGAGAACAAAUCGAGCAACAGAAUCCGGUUAUUGGAAGGCAACCGGAAAAGAUAAAAAGAUUUUCAAGCCGAUGGACGGGGGGAAGUUGGUAGGGAUGAAGAAAACACUUGUGUUUUACAAAGGAAGAGCUCCAAGAGGGGAGAAGACAAAUUGGGUGAUGCAUGAAUUUAGACUUGAAGGCAAAUUCUCAUAUUACACCAUGGCUACUACACCUUCAGAGGAUGAAUGGGUAGUGUGUCGUGUUUUUCACAAGAAUACAAGUACAGAAAAUAGCCCGGUUUCGGCCCAUGAUGGGUUGAAUUAUUUUGUAGAAGAGCAAGAGCAUUAUAAUAGUCCACCAUUAUACUUACCUCCAUUGAUCGAUGACCAGUAUUCUACAAAGACUAGUCUUGACCCAAGUAUCACUACUACUGCUGGCUUUUCCUACUUCUCUUAUGAUGAUGACCAACCUAUUCAUCAAGAUGAAGAUUACAAAAAUAAUAUCAUUGGUACUUCUUCUUCUUCUUAUAGUAGUUACAACUUCGAUACCAACACUACUUAUCAAAGUACUAAUCCGUUCGUUAGUGAUCAAGACCGACACGCUGAUGGUAAUAAUUACAAGAAUCAAGCCUCUCUUGCAUCAGGAUCAAACCAAUAUUGGUCAUCAAGUAUUGGUCUUAAGAGACAGGAGGAUGAUGAUACUCCAUUAGCUAACAUAACCAAUACCAAGAAUAAUAAUAAUAAUGUGUUUUACGAUACCGGUGUAAGCAAUAAUGAUCAUAUGAUCACUACAACGACCGAGACAUCAUCCUUAGUCGUAUCCAUGAUACCGAAACAUGGUUGGAGAAAUACAAAAGAUUAUGACCCAAACGAUCAUGACAUUAUUAAUGUUCCAUCAACGUUUUCAGAGUUGGAUUCUUUGUUGGAAUAUUAA